CUCUGCAUUUCGAGAAAGCUCGCGUCGGGACGGUCGGGACGCUUCUGCUUGUUUACUUUGGAAUUUUUCUUAAAAAUUUGUGGUAUAUUUUUAUAAUUUGUGAUUCUGGAGAGUUAAGCAAAUUCAACUUCAAACUGCCAACAAUUGGUACCGAAACUACGCUAACGAAGAAGGCAAAGGUAAGACCUUCUACCAAAUUCAAGACUGUUUAAAAGAACGCCCUUGGUAUUAUAAUGUAAAGCUGACUAACAUCGAAGUGAGACUGCUGAACCGCCUCAAGUCUGGACACGAUUAUUCACCUUACUGGAAACAUAAGAUGAAAAUCAUCGACGAAGACAAAUGCGAUUUAUGUCUCUCGCCAGAAACCAGUGAACACCUCCUCCUGCACUGCCCAAAACUCAAGACACUACGAGCAACAUUCAACUUUAACAACAAAUUUCAAAACCUCGUCGAGUUUUUUAACUCCAAAAACAUCAACUACUUCAAGGAACUUUGCAAAUUCGAAAAAGAAGCCAAAUUAAAUCUCUGAAACCAGCAAAAACGCUUAGAACCGUAGGGCAUAUAGUCAAGACACUAGCCCUCCAAUAGGAGCACCCAGCUCCGAACAGAAAGAAGAAGAAGAAGAAGAAGUGAUUCCACUGAGUGACGGACGAUAGCCUGAAAAUCAGUAAAAUCAGAGAGGCACCAAAAUGGGGAAACGAAAAGCGAAACAACCGGUGGCCGCAAACCAGCAGGACAAGAAGCUUUGUCUAGGCGAGCAAGUGAUCCCGGAACAGCAGGCAAACACAGAUUGGAAUAUUGAAUCCUAUCGAACCCAGUACGAACCAGAGGAACAUUGGGAGCUACGUCGUAGCUUCAUGGAACGGCACCAGAACUGGAUACCGGAGGAUGAGCUAGUAUGCUUGGCUCAGGUCUUUGUCAACGUGGAACUGCUACGGUGCCGAUAUCCGGUUGAGACGAUGGCGCGCCUCAAAGAGCUUUCCGAUGGCGUCGCGGAUGAAUAUCGCAAUUCGAGGCGUAACAAAUUGCAGCGAACAUUCGUAUCUGCUUCGGAUGCCGCGGCUUCCAAAGUACAACGGAAAGGUCCAGGCGAUCAGGUUACGAAGGAGGCUAAAGGGCCAAUUAAAUUUCAGGCGGCCAGCUCAAAGCGCUUUCAACCAGUGCUCCCUAUUCGUAGCUUGGACGACGUAUACAAAAACCUUGUGUUGAUGAACGAUAAUUUUGAACAAACGCAAAUUGAAUUUAACAAACUGUUCAACAAUACCGGAAACACUAAACUUGAAAUAGUCGUGGUUCAAAAUCAGGGAAAGGUCGAGGCUCAAAUCAAAUGCGGACAUUUUUUACUAGCCAAAGCUUUCGGCGAUGGUGAAAAAUCCGCAAAAAAGAACGUCAAAACCGAGUUUUUCAAAGAAAUGCAUAAUCACUGUUAUAAAAUAAAACGAAACAGAAACUCGGUUCAGAUGUCCAGCAGUAGUGUGGAGCGAAAAUCUGUCGACCAAACGGUCGAUCACCAUGGUCGAAAAAUUGUAAACGAUUUCAGUGAGAACAAGAUCGACAAAAGCAAUUUGGGAUUUAAAAUGUUGCAAAAAUUGGGUUGGAGCGGAGGAUCGUUGGGCUCCAAAAAUGAAGGAAUAAUCGAUCCCGUCAACUGCCAGAUCAGAAUCGGGCGGCAAGGAUUAGGCGGUGGCACCCCGGCCGAAAAACCUGGCCAAGGAUCUCAACAAAAAACAGGAAAAAUCGAUACUCGCAAUCAGAGCUACAAUAUCGAUAUAAAUUUUUACCGACAAAUUAUGCGAAACUUCCGAGAUAGCGGUCUCGAUUACGAUAUGGUUUUUAGCAGCGAGUUCACCAAGGAAGAACGGGCUCUUUUCCACAGCAUGGCUCUGCAGUUGCAGCUGAAGACGCGAAGCUACGGUAAAGACGAAGACAACACCAGGCAAUUUGUUCUGCUGGGUCGGAAACAUUCACCGCAUGAGCUGUUGGAGCGUAUUUUGGUCGAAAAGGAUCCAAUGUUUUGCGAAAUGUAUCAAGUAGACCCUCCGGGACCAAUAAACUCCGACUCGUGAAACCUUUCGUACAUCGUUAAUGCCGUUAAUUUUGUGAAGACCCCAAGUUGAAUCUGAAUCGUUCUACAGCACAAGAAUUGAUAGUUUGUGUUAUAAAUACAGUUUACAAUCCGUGUACGAUUGGAAA